AAUAAUUCUAUUUGAUAUUUCAUAGUUUAUAAUAUAUGAUUUUUAUAGAAGUUUAAAAAAAAACAAUCUAUGGUUAAUUUUGUGGCACUUAAUGUACCUUCUGAGACAGAAAUUGAUAUUGAAAAUCAUACCAAAGAAGUCCAGAUUGAAACUGGAUUGAAAUUAUAUCAACGAGCUCUUUUAUUUCAGCAUGUAAAAGAUUGGUCGGCUGUAGCUAAAGCGUAUGAAGAACUUUUAAAUCUAGAUAUAUUAAAUCCUGAUUUAACUGAGGAAUAUUCUAACGUUACAAAUGAAAGAAUGAUGCGUUUAAUUUAUCUCGUAUAUAAAAAUCAUGGGUCUUUUAUCUAUGAUACUAUGGUCUCUAGCGAUUUUAAAGAUAAUGAUCUAUCAAUGACAUUACGUACUUGUUUGAAAGAUUAUUCAAUUGCUUUAAAAUAUGAUCAUACUGAUAUGGCAUUAUGGAAAAAGGUUUCAGAAAUAUCUGAAGAAUUAUGUUUGAAUAGAAUUUUUCGGUUUUCAUUGGAAAGUAUUAUAUAUAACGAGAUGGAUAUGUUAAUAAAUCGUAAAUGUUCUUCUGAUUCUGUUUUAUAUGGAAAUAUUUUAUCUCCCGAAGUUUAUAAAUCUCUUAUAAAACUAGAUUCUCUGCUACACUUUAUUGAUGAUUUUACUAGUUUAAUAAGGGUUGAAAUGAUGUUUUUGCAUAAUAGUUGCAAUAAUAAAUCACAAGGAUCAUGUCUCAAUAUAAAAAUGAACUAUAAAGAAAGAAAAUUUGGUAAUCCAGUAAAAAGGAUUUUUUUUUUUCGGAAUGACUCUUUUUCAUUGAAGAUUUCAAAAAGGUGUGUUGAUUCUAUUAGUACUGAAUUGGCAUUUUUUCUUUUAAAUAGAUAUGAAAAAGAUAAUUGUAGCUUUUAUUCACGUAUAGAAUUUUUAGAAAAAUAUAAUCAUGAUGAUGAGUCUUUACCCGAAACGAAUCAUGCACAAAUGUAUGGAUCGCAGAUUAUUGUGACUUUACAGAAUAAUUCUGAAUUUUCUGAGACAUCUCAGAAAUCAUUUGAGGAAGAUAAUACUUCGGUAUUGAUGUCUGCAAAUUCUGAAUUAGAUAAUGAUGUUUGUGUAUCGAAAAAUAUUAAAAAAAGGAUAAUGGAUGAUGAAAAUUAUGUGAAGUCUUUUAGAGCUAGUAAAAGAACACGUAAUAAAGAUGGUGUAAGUCUAAGUCAUGAAGAAAAGGAUAGUUGCUUCGUUAAUUCUUUGAAUGAAAUUUUUAUUAAAGUUGGAAUGUUUUUUGGUGAAUAUUUAAAAUUUAAUCGGCCUAUUUCUACAACUUUUUUUUCUGAAAAUGAUGUAAUCGAUAUGCUUAGACAAAAUUUGUAUUCUGGCUUUUUAAAUGAAGAUGUUAUAAAUGAUGUUAUUCAAGAAAAAAAUUUUUUAUCCUUACCUAAAGUCUUUUAUUUAGAUCUUUCUAAACAUUUAGAUAUUUCAGUUAAUAUUAAUGAAAAUGAUGAUUUAGAAAUUAUAGAUGAAUUUGAAAAAUUUAUUAAUUCUGGUAGAUAUAUAUUAGAAGAAAUUUCUUUAGAGUGGUUUAAGAGAGUUACGUUUUAUUCUUAUUCGGAUUUAGGGACUUUUUAUUUUCAAAAAAAAUGGUCUUCAAAAUUUAAUAAUGCAAUUAUUGAAAUUGCAAUAAAUUUGGAAAAGGAGUGUAUUUGUUUUUUUAAGGACAUUCUUGGAAAAAAGAUUUUUUCUGAUAAUUUUUCGGAUGAUGAUAUGAUAACACGAAAUGGAAUAGAUAUUUUCCAAAUUUUGGGGUGGGGGCAAACUAUUUUAGAAAUAUUUUUAAAUUAUUAUGUUAAAAAUGAACGUAGCGAUUAUUUUGAAAAAACUGAAAACUACGACCUAAUAUUUCAAAGACAGAGAAUAUGCCAAUGGAAGUUACUUCUUUCUGAUUUAAUGCUUGCAUAUGGGAUUUCAUUCGAUACUUUAGAAAAAAAUGAAAAUAUAGUAAAACUUUUACUUCGUCAUAAAUUUUGUAAUGCUAUUAUUCUUGAAUAUUUUGGAGCAUUGCAUGAAUCGGUUAUAAAAGAAUAUCAAGAUAUUAAGGAUUACAUGUUGUAUCUUGGUGAUAUUUCUGUCAUUUAUUUUCCAAAUUGUGAGGUUAUUUCUGAAAUUUCCCUUUCUAGAAUUGAUUUGGAAAUAUCAAAAUUGAAAACUGUAGACUUUUUUACUUCUGUUUUUGUGUCGUCGAGAUUAAUGGAAUAUGAAUUAGUUAUUGAAAAAUUGAAGCCUGUCUUACAAGGAUCAUCCGAAUUUGGAAAAUUGUUUCAGUUUAGUUUAAUAGAGGAAUUUUUGUUAAAGGCCCCUAUUGAUUUUAAAUUACAGUUAUGGAAUUUGUUACGAAAUGCAUAUCAUAAUUUAUCUCAAUUUGGAGAUGCCUUGUGGUGUUGUUUAAAAGCUCUUUCUUUUCUAGUACUAUGUUUCGAUUCUUCACUGUUUAAGAUUUCUGCAACAGGACAACAAAAAACUAUAUUUAUUUUAAAACGCUUAUUUUCUGCAUAUCAAUUGAUUUCAUAUGCUUUGCAAUGUGUAAUCGAUCAAGAUAAUAUACUUAGUUUUUUGGGCACCGAUGUUAUUUCAGAGUCAUUAUCUUCGCUCUUGGUUAUUUUGCGGCUUCUUCUUAUUUUUUGUUUUUUUGAAGAUUCUAUUAUAGAUAAUAAUUCAUGCAUUUUUAGAUUUUCAAGUAAUGAAGCUUUUGAUAAUAAACUUCAUAAUAUGCAAGUUCGAUCUUGGUGUUUUGCAUAUUGCUUAUAUAAGGAAAUUCUUUCUAGAACAAAAACAGAUGUCGAUAAUUUUUAUAGGGACAUAACAAAAUUUCUUUGUCUUAUACAUGAGGAACUUGGAAUACGUGGAUAUUGUUCUUUGUCUGAUGGUAUUCUUUUGAAAAUUCUUCAAAAAGAGCUUUUGAAUUCAAGUCCUUUUUUUCUUACUUCGGAGAUUAUUCAAUGUUUGCAUUGUCGAUUUGGAUUGUCAUUUGGAACAGAUAAUUUUUAUCCUUUUGAUCACUACACUGAACCUUUUGAUAUUGAUUGUUUUUCUGCCGAGCAAAUUUUGCCGUUUAUUUUGUCUCUUGUAAAUCGAAGACGUUCAGGACUUACACUUCCUAGAGCUGAUAUAAAAAAUGUAUUAGAUAAGAUUUACACUGUAUUGGAAAGUUCACCAAAUUCUAAGGUUUCUAAUUCAUUUAAUUUUGCACUUAUCGACGCUUAUUUGCUUGAGAAUAUUCGUUUGAAUGAUAUUAUUUCUUGUCAAUACGGUUUAUUAAAAAAUAAUACUGUACAAAUCAAGCAUAGUCGUAAUGAUUUAUCUGUUUUAUCUUUAUCUGAUAUCAAUUUUGUACAAGCAGAAAUACAUAUUAGUAUGUUUCGUGCAAGAGGAAAGACAACUUUAAUUAGGAGUACUGAUGAUCUUGAAUUGGCAUUAAAAUAUUUGAUGGCUGAUUUGUCUUUAAAUCCAUUGAGGAUCUCGUCAUGGCAUGCUCUUGGAUUAACUUUUGGCUGGUUGUCGGAUAGUGAGCUGACAUGGAGUGCUGAAUAUAUACAAAAUGAAAGAAAAACUAUUUCAGAAUUAAAAAAAAAAUCUCUUAAGGCGUACAUGAUGGCUUAUAGUCUUUUUAUUUCUUUUGCUAGUGUUACAAAUGAUAAUUUUAUUCAUUUUUUCUCAAAUCUACAUUAUGAUUUUGGAAUGCAACUAUAUACAUCUCUUCAUCCUCCUCUUGACAUGGAGCCUUUUAUUUCGAAAUUUUCACGGUUUUAUGAUGGACCUGAUGGGCUGUUAAAACAUGAACUUACGAAUGAUAUUUCUUAUUAUCGAAUUAUUGAAUUAGCAAUGAAAUGUUUUUUUUUUGCUUCUAAAAAUAUGGCUAGUGAUUGGAGAUGUUUUUAUAUGUUAGGGAAAACAUUGGGGAAAUUAAAUCGUAAUCCUAGGCAAGUUCUUGAUCAGUAUGUUCGUGCAAUUAAAUUAGUACCUCGGAAAAACGCUCUUGCUGGUCAAGUAAUUAUUAUCGAGCCUGAUUAUAAAUUAGUAUCGUCUAUUGUAAAAUAUAUUAGAGCUGGCCUCAUUGAUUUAAAGAUUGCUAUUACAUAUCUUCAAGAAAGCGCAUAUAAUGAUAAUAUUUCUGAAUUAGAAAAACUUUUGACAGAAAAUGAUGUUAUUGAAAUAUGUUUGGUUAUUUUGAACCGAAUACGACUUGCUGAUAAAAAGCAUUGGCAUCAUAGACCAGUUUUUAGGUGUGCAAAUAUUCUUGAAAGCCAACUUAAAUUACAGUCUGCUAAAGAUGAAUUGGAAACUCUUUUUUCUAUUAAAUCUUUCGGGAAAUCUGUAAUUAAUAUUUGGCGUCCUGAUUUUGAACGUCCUGGGAGGCAUUUUUAUUAUGCCGAAAAAUAUACUCUUUAUUUUAUAAAACUUUUGGAUCAAACUAAUGAUAAAGAUGGUCUUAAACAUUUGCUUAGAAGACUUCGUAAGGCUUCUUCUUCUAUUUAUCAUCAUCGGCAAGUAUGGGAGAGACUUUGUAGUGUUUAUUUAAAUUUAUUACGGCGCAAUUCGUCAAUUCUUACAUGUCCUGCUAUAGUUUGGAAUAUUACUUUAUUAAAUUUUAAUUUCAUUGCUUCAAAGCUUGAAGAACAAUUAUUGAAUAGCACAUAUUUAGAUGAACAUGGAAUUGAUGAUAUUCGGGAUGUAAUGGAAUUAAAGAAAAUAAAUGGAGGUUUAUAUAAUGUUGAAAUAGUUGAUCAGUUUUUAGUUGAUAGUUAUUUUAAACUAUACUUUUCUUUUUUUAAAAAAGUUAUUCAAGAACAUUUUCUAGCUGAUAAUAUAGAUUGUAAGUUGAGGAAAAAUGAUUUAGUUUCUAAUGAUUCGGAUGUUGAUUUAAAUGGUUAUAAAAAUAUAAAUGAAAUAAUAUCAGUGAUAUCUGGUGAUUUUUUUGUUAAUUUAAAUAGGACUAAUAUGGGUGAUAAUAAUAUUUUAAUUUCUCAAAAGGAUGUCCUUUCACGCUUAUCCUUUUUUUGUAAGCAUAAUUUUAAGGAUAUUCUAAAAGAAAACAGUUUGAAAGUAAAUGAUAGUCAUAUACUUUUAUAG